CUGCAGCCAUCAACACUGCAAAUGGUUGCUGAAAUGGACGAGCAGUGCGUGUCUCACAGCAGUCCUCAGCGCAGUGCGGGUCAGCCCAACACUGAGGUUCAGCGACACAACGUCAUCAGGUGUGGGUGGCUCAGGAAGCAAGGGGGUUUCGUGAAGACAUGGCACAAUCGCUGGUUUGUACUGAGAGGGGAUCAACUCAACUACUACAAAGACGAGGAGGAGACCAAAGCCCUGGGAGCCAUUUCAUUACCUGGAAACAACGUUACAGAACAUCCAACCAGCAGCGAUGAAGGGGGAAAAUUUAUUUUCGAGGUCAUUCCAGGGGGAGACAGAGAACGGAUGACAGCCAACCAUGAGACCUACCUUCUUAUGGCCAGCACCCAGAAUGACAUGGAGGAUUGGGUGAAGACGAUCCGCAGGGUCAUCUGGGCACCUUUCGGUGGAGGGAUCUUCGGUCAGAAGUUGGAGGAGACGGUGCGGUAUGAACGCCGUUUUGGGAACAAGCUUGCCCCCAUGCUGGUGGAGCAGUGUGUGGAUUUCAUUCGGCAAUGGGGACUUCGAGAAGAAGGCCUGUUCAGGCUGCCAGGUCAGGCCAACCUGGUUAAAGAGCUGCAAGAUGCAUUUGACUGUGGAGAGAAGCCUUCAUUUGAUUGUAACACAGACGUCCACACAGUUGCGUCUCUGCUGAAGCUGUACCUCAGAGAGCUGCCUGAGCCCGUUAUCCCCUUCCACAAGUAUGAAGAAUUCCUGGCCUGCGCCAAGCUCCUCAGCAAAGAUGACGAAAUGGGUAUAAAGGCGCUGAGGAAGCACGUGGAAAGUCUGCCUCCGGUAAACUACAACCUCCUCAAGUACAUCUGCAGAUUUCUUGAUGAAGUCCAGUCGUAUUCAGGCGUGAAUAAAAUGAGCGUCCAAAACUUGGCCACAGUCUUUGGGCCGAACAUCUUGAGGCCAAAGGUUGAGGAUCCGGUAACAAUUAUGGAAGGAACUGUUCUGGUCCAGCAGCUCAUGGCCGUCUUGAUCGGCCGCCAUGACGUUCUCUUCCCAGAGAUAGACGGCCAGUCGGCGCUUGAACUUGUUAACAACAACAACAUUGAACUGCUACGGCGACAAGCCACAACAACUACCUCCGCCGUCACCGUGGUGUCCCAGAACGCAGAGAACAACAACACGCACGUGGUGCGACAGUGCGUCUGGGAAGCCCCCGAGUCUCCGUCGCACCGCCAGCACACGGACAACGGCGGCUCGCCGCGCUCAGCGAGUCCACGGAGCGUCGUCACGGGACGCUUCGACGUCAGUCGCAGUCCGCCGAUGACCAUCAAGAAGAACCCGGCCUUCAAUAAAGGCAGCGGGAUCGUUACCAACGGCUCCUUCAGCUCCUCUCCGGCGUCAGAUCCCAGUCUGGAGAAGACCCAGACCUCCGGGGGUGGCGGCGCACCGGUGCGUCGCACCGGCACCCUCAAAGGCUCGGGCACAAAAAUGGGCACGGGCGGUGUGACGGGCGGAGGAAGUCCCGCCGGGAACGGGACCGGGGUCGUCCGCAUGGGCCUUUCUGGUUCCGAUGUGGUCACCGGGACUUUGAACGGUCGCAACAGUCUUUGGCUGCAGAAUAACGGCUGCGUCAUGCUUCGGGAAAACAACAAGACACGCGACUGCUCCAACGGCGAUCAGACAGCCAGUCAGAACCGCCUGUCCACGUACGACAACGUCCACUUAAACCACCAGAACCUGCAGCAGCAGACUCAGAUAACCAACAUAUGUCUGAGCACCAGCUGUGAGGACAAGCAGAGCGUGGACAGCGCCACCUGGUCCACGUCCUCCUGUGAGAUCUCUCUCCCGGACAACUCCACUUCCUGUCGCUCCUCCACCACCACCUGCCCCGAACAGGACUUCUACGGAGGUCACUACGAAGACUCGGACGGCCCGGGGCCGGAUAGCGAGCCUCUGCAGUCCGGUGGAGGAGAAGGAGGUGGCAGGAACAGUAACAGAGAGGAUGGUGGAGAUGGAGCAGGGGGCAGCAGCCGGGGGACGAGCAGCAGCGACAUCAGUGAGGGCUUCAUGCUGGGAAACGGAGCUGGAGGCCACAGCGCCCUGCACAGCCUCGUGGCCAGCCUCAAACAGGAGAUGCACAAGCAGAAGACGGAGUACGAGGCCAGGAUAAAAAGCCUGGAGCAGCAUAACCUGGAGCUGGAGACGGAGAUGGUGAGCCUCCACGAGGAGCUGGAUCAGGAGAGGAAGAAGUACACCAUGGCAGAGAUCAAGCUGCGCAACGCAGAGCGAGCCAAAGAUGACGCCGAGCGGCGGAACCAGAUGCUGCAGAAAGAGAUGGAACAGUUUUUCUCCACUUUUAGUGACCUCACUGCAGCUGGCAACGGCACAGCCGCGGAGCCUCGCCGGCCGGAGCGCAGCAACACCAUCUGGAUACAGUGAGGACGUUUUGGAAAUAGUGAAAGAGACUGGACGUGGUUUAUUACAUGAUACGAACUUGAAACAGGAUUUGGCUGCUGAGUGAAAGAUUUGGCAGGUUGGAAAAUGACAUUGGAUAGUUAGCGGCUCGUUUUAAUUUAAGAAAUGGGGGAUAUAAGGCUGAUGAAAGCCAUUUGUAUAAAUAUAAACGUCGCCUGGUGUGACGUCAGUGACUUUGAACCGUAUGUAGCAUUAUUUAAAUAAUUCAUGCACACUCUCUAGCCUUCUCAGAAAUCAUCGUGGUGCUCUUUCAUCUGACUGGCAGGUGGAAUAAACGAAGAAGCAGUCUGUGAUGACACAGGGUACUACUAUUUUACAUUAGCUCCUGCGACUGGAAAGGUGUGAGGGGAAGCAAAAUGUGAAGAAUUGGGGUGGGGGGGCUUACAAAGACCUUGGACCUGAAAAUGCAGAAUCAUACCAAACUUUUACAGGUUUUAUUCAUUUUUAACAUUUUACCAAAAGCAUGUUAGUGCUCAGUGUAUUUCUGUAUCUGCUCGUGUACAUAGAGGGAAACAAUGCAGAAAAAAAAACUGUUGUUUGUAAAGAGAUAUGAAAGUUAAUACUGAAAUGUUAAUGAUAUUUAAGCAAAGUUAUCAAUGUGUGAUAUUUUAUAUCAAGAUUUGUCCUUGCACUUAAUGUGUCUGUUUAGCCUCUACAGGUUGGUACUGAAUGUUUUGCGUACCAUUAUAAAUAGGAGAGUAUGCUGUACACGUGCCUGUGCUUCUGUGCUGUUGCAUUUACUCAUGACCAAAAACAGAGCCUGUUCUGUAAAUAUUUUGUAGAUAAUAAUUAUAGACACUACUUGUUAGACUGCACUGUGGUUUGACUGAUAUUUGUGAUGGGUAUAGCUCGGAAAAAUUCACUUUUAAGUCUUGCACAUUGGCUCACUGGCCUCAAUCCCAGAUAAGAAAAAAAAAUGGAUGCGUUAAAUUUAGACUUUUGAGACGAUAACGUUUUCCUUUUGACAUUAAGACAUAUGCAGCGGUUCCAAUGAAUGCUCUUCUAAAUGAGUUUAUAAUCUGAGUCAAUGAGCAGAUAAUUGUAAAAGCUUUUCCUCCCUGUCACUACAGAUGUUUGGCUUGGAAAAACACGCUGCAGCUCAAAAUUUACCAACACAGCUGCAUUAACUGUGAAAAACUGGGAUUGAAGCACUGAGAACAUUAAAAGUCCACCUGCAAGGUUCAGCAGCGAGAGCGUGCAUGAUGGUGCAUGAGUCCACGAGGGUAAAUGAACAGCGACUGAAUGUUAAGUGACUUUAUAUUGCGUAUUUAUGUAGCCUUAAACCAAAGGGUACAAAACAGAAGACAUCCGACAACAGACAAGAAUCUGAUGUCUGCCAGAAGACGGUUGUUGGCGCUCGCAGAUUUGCAAAUUGCUUCUUCCCUGCUGGAGAUCAGCUCCCAUUUAAAACCUGCUGCUGGUCAUUGCAGGAUGUCUGGAAUGUGUGCAUGUGGUGGCGGCGGCGGUGGUGGGGGACGACAACAAAAGAAGGGACGGGAGCCUGCGCUUCUCAUUUUGCACCCUUCACCGGAAAAUAAUAGGCCUAAGCCAAGUUGACAGUCCCACUUCGUUCUGUGAAUCCCACACAAAAGAGCAGAAUCUGAACAGAGCGCAAAGGCGAGGAGGAAUGAGGUCGCCAUAGGUUUUUCAAGAUGUGAUACUUGACACUCAAAGGAAAAAUAAUUUGGCAAUAUGAAUAAAAAUGCAUUUUCAUGUGAGUCUCGGUUUCUGUAGUUUAUUGAAUUUUAAGAUUGUAAAUGAUUAUGAAUGAAACUUGUGAAAAGUGUCUUUUCAGUGUGGAGAUGGAUGAAAAAUGACUGUUAGAGCCAGAGGUGUCAAGUAACGAAGUACAAAUACUUCGUUACCUUACUUAAGUAGAAAUUUUGGUUAUCCAUGCUUCACUGGAGUAAUUAUUUUUCAGACGACUUUUUACUUUUACUCCUGACAUUUUCACACAAUUAUCUGUACUUUUUACUCCUUACAUUUUAAAAACAGCCUCGUUACUCUAUUUCAUUUCGGCCUUUAAAAAACAAACUAUCCAGUUAAAUUGCUCCAUCCGGAUAGAGUGAAUUUGGUUGUGGUUGUUUCAGAUGUUCUUGUCCAGUUUUGUUCUUACAUCCGUUCCCUCAGAUUCCUGCAACUAAACUUGGAUGUACAUUCCAAUAAAGGUUAGGAUAAAUGAUAACACGCCUCUGAAGUUUGACUUUUUGCACCAUUACAAUACUUAUAGGCAACUAGUCAUCAUAUCUCCUGCUCUCUGAAACACAUGUUAAUGCU